AUGCCGAUGCCAGACCGAAUAUCACACCUGAAGAAGAAACUGUUUGGACGAGUAUCUCCAAAAGCGGAUACGGAUCCGGUCCACCCCAACCCAAACUCCCCUGGUCUCGACUCCAAAUCUCUAUCUUACAGCAUUGUUUCCUCUCCGAAUCUUGAAGCUGCGGCUGAUCAGAGAAAGGAAUCUCCACAAGAACCUGAUUCCUCCAUCUCGGAACAACAUCAUCGCGAAGCAACUCGUGAUUGCACACCAUCAUUGACCGAACCGUAUAAUUCUUCCCUGCUUACACCUUUAUCGGGCGACCCUCCAUCUCCCCUUGAAACCCCUCCGUUACCGACUCCUCAGCAUUCCGAUAGCACCUCCUUCCAGUCCAACUUGAAAGCCGCAGUACCCAUUCAAAUCGAACCUCAAUUGACCCCAACACUGAAUACUGUUAUCGAGUGGCCUACGAAUGGUCGAUUACCCUCUGCGGCCUACUUUACUCCCACGUCAAGCAAACGCCCGAGCCUUGCGAUCCGUCGUCAAUCUCUUCUCCCACCAACACAACAGCACUUGAUUAGUGGCCUAUUGGAAGGCAAUUUGUUCUCUUCGCAAGGUGACCAGGGCCCUCUCAUUCCCGCCGUUCCUCGUGCGAUGGUACAACGCCGGAUUUGGGUCAAACGACCCGGUGGUUCAGCCACCUUGGUGCCGUGCUUGGAGGACGCGGUGGUCGAUGAGCUACGCGACCAGGUGAUCAUGAAAUAUGUCAACUCGCUAGGGAGGAGCUUCGACUCGCCCGAUAUCGUGAUCAGAAUUGCGCCUCGCGAAGGUUCGAAUCGACAAGUCCACCCGGAGCGACUUUUGAGCCCAGAGGAAGUCCUGGCAACUAUCCUCGACUCGUACUAUCCGGGCGGGCAGAGAAUCGAGGAAGCAUUGGUGAUUGAUGCACCGACCCGCCGGACUCCGAAACCAUCACCGCGUCAUUCAGUGUAUUCGCACCAUCAAGCAGAACCUGGCGAACACGGCGAUUACUUCCCUCUCAUGCCGCCAAAUCCCAAUGUCGGAACACCGUCUUCGCACCCAGCGGCUGCGCCAGCGACAGUCGCUGCACCAUCGAUAUCCAUUCUUACCACGGGCUCUGCUCCUUUACUGCCCUCCCCCGGAAGCCGUAGAACACGGCAUCACCAACGGCCUCCACUGACCAGACAUAAAACCAAUUCGCCCACGUUCCAUACCCAAGCCCUGGGUACAACAGAAUCCACUCCCCAUUCCCAGCCUAUCCCUGCCGCCUCCAUUCCCGCCGUGCCUACACCCCCCGCGCCACAGGCUGUAGAGUCCCCGCAGGCUAAAGUCAAAACCCAUACUCCUCCGGCCGUAUCUUCACCUAGAUCAACUCGAAAAUCGAAAGCCGCCACAUCCCCAGCGGCGGGCUUUGGGGGUUUGAUUGACGGAACGGUUCCACCGAUCAACGUGCUCAUUGUGGAAGACAAUAUCAUCAACCAAAAACUCUUGGAGGCUUUCAUGAAGCGAUUGAAGGUGCGCUGGAAGUGUGCAGCGAACGGCGAAGAAGCUGUACGGAAAUGGCGACAAGGCGGAUUCCAUUUAGUCCUCAUGGAUAUCCAGCUGCCUGUCAUGAACGGAUUGGAUGCAACAAAGGAGAUCAGGCGAUUGGAACGGUUGAAUGGAAUCGGUGUCUUCCCAAAGACAGCAUCGGGACGUUUCAGUGCGUCCAAUGCGUCUGCCGCAGAUAGAAGACCUGGUCUCAACCGUACGGUUAGCGGAGAGGAUACUCUGCCUGACCUCUCGCUAUUCCGGAGCCCGGUCAUUAUCGUCGCUUUGACAGCCAGCAGUCUACAAAGUGAUCGACACGAGGCAUUGGCAGCUGGCUGCAACGACUUCCUCACGAAGCCCGUUGGAUUCCCGUGGCUCGAGCAGAAAGUAACAGAAUGGGGCUGCAUGCAAGCGCUAAUCGACUUCGAAGGCUGGCGCAAAUGGCGCGGCUUCAUGGACAACCCGCCCCAGGCCUCCCCAGCUAUCGUCGACUCGGCAGCAAGUCCAAUGCAAGGCGGCCAUCCGCCACAAAUCCCACAAGAGGACCCACCAUCUCCUUCAAGCUCUCGCACAGCUAAGAAAACAGACAGCUCUCAGCCUAGGCCUAGUUUCGCAGAUAGCCUGCGUGAAGACUCGUGGGGCAGCGGCAGUCCGGAUAGCUUGGACUCGCCUUCGGAUCCGAGUCCACAGCCGUUGACUCCCGAAGACGCGGCCCCAACUAGCGAUGCCAGCACUGUUCCUGAAUGA